AUGUUACUUCAGCAGCUGGGCUUACGUGUUGGGCCUAUCAGACAAGUUAGGGUCUCUAAGUUUUCAGGAGCUCUAAGUCCUUUGGGUCGUGGGUCGAUUCUCCGCUAUGUUACUCCACUUCAAGGGCUGUGGUUAAAAAGUUCAAAAACCUCGGGUCAAAAUGCCCUGGCAGUCAAGGAAUUGAUUUUCAAAAGGUCGCUCUCUACCGGGUCUAGAGUGAAAGCUAGUCCCUUCUGGCGAAACGAUAUCCAAUUAAGGCUUCGUGGGGGAUCCCGUAGACGUUAUGGUCAAGGCUUCAGAGAGUUCAGAAGCCCCUCGCCCUUCACGCCGUUCAUCUUCGUCGGUGCCGUGUGUGUGCUAGUUCUUGUACUUCCCUUUAUUUUCACGUUUUUGUUCCCAUUGAUAAUCGCUGCUCUGAUAACCUUUCAAAUCAAAAAACGCAAGACUAGAGCGAUCCUUGGGGUAUUACGUCGCAGCCUGGAAUCGUCUACCAAAAAAGUGAAAUAUAGCACAAUAAUGGGGCUCCAAUCCAAAAUGCUUACAUCAAUGUUAGAAAAAGAAAAAUUCCCAGCCGGCAUUUUUGGCGGGCUUGUAAAUGAAAUGAAAACCAGUCAAUUAGAUAUGAGCCGUUCGCGGCAGGAAGCUCAAGAUCUUUUCAGUUACCUGAAUGCAAGGGUUUUAGAUGCAUUCGAAAAAAACGAGUUAGGAGUGCGGGAGUAUUUCUUGGGAAAUGACGUGUCCAGGUGGGUAGACAACAACUACGACUUGGAGAUCGAUUUUGACUUUCCACAAACUCGUGGUCAGAUCGUCGAGGGCACACUUGUGAUGAUUAUCAAGUUUCCACUACUACUGAAAUCCUCAAAUCAAAAUCCGAAACAACUCGCUAGCGUGGCCAUCGCAUUCCAAGACCACAGUUUGGCACAAAUGGUGGGAUCUCCUGAAUUCUUGAAAGAGCUCGCGCAUACAGACAAGCAAUGUCCCAUGGUGACCACCAUUCUUCCCUAUCGUACCCUCUCUACGCGUCAAUUCAUACUACAAGACAAGGGCCACAAUUCGUUCACUGUCAAAAGCACAAAUGAUGGUCAUAGGGAGUUUACAUAUGAAAAGUGA